GCCUCGCACCCGGACCCUUCUCCACCUCUCUGCAUCUUCUCCCGACUCGACGUCGUCGUUACAGGGAAGAAGAAGCGGGUGAGAAAAACUUCUGUUUCCACCGUCUUGCCCAUUUCUGCAGAUUUGUUCCGAGGCCGAGUGUGACCAUUAAGGAUACUUUCAACCUUGAUAGCCUGCCAUUCUACAACUCCUUUUGACGUUAAAAGGCAAUAUUUGUGCAUUGCAGAGCAGGAGACUUAACUGAUUACAAUUCAAGAAAAGUGUCUUCCAAAAAAGUAGAAAAAGAAAACACACCCAGGAGACUGAAACACCACGUAAAAAGGAGCCUUUGUUGGAAGAGAUGGUCAUGGUCCUGAGCCCCCUGUUUUUGGUCUUCAUACUGGGUCUGGGUCUGACCCCAGUGGCCCCGGCUCAAGAUGACUAUAGAUACAUACACUUCCUGACCCAGCACUACGAUGCCAAACCAAAGGGCCGGAAUGACGAAUAUUGUUUUAACACGAUGAAAAAUCGACGCCUGACCAGACCUUGCAAAGACCUCAACACCUUUAUUCAUGGCAACAAGAAUGACAUCAAGGCCAUCUGUGACGACAGAAAUGGACAGCCUUACAGAGGCGAUCUCAGAAUAAGCAAGUCUGAAUUCCAGGUCACCAUUUGCAAGCAUAAAGGAGGUUCCUCCCGGCCUCCAUGCCGGUAUGGAGCCACAGAAGACUCCAGAGUCAUUGUUGUCGGCUGUGAAAAUGGCUUGCCUGUCCACUUGGAUGAGUCCUUUAUCACUCCACGCCACUAGCCCAGAGCUGGCUCUGCUCUUCCUUCUUUGCAUUUUCCCCUUACACUGCAGCAGCAUUCAUUGAUCAGAAUCCAGAAAAUGAGCUGCUGAUCUUUUCUGCUUUACAAUAUGCUUCAUAAAUAAAAAGCCUCUCAAAUCAGUAAGAA